UAUUGUUCCUAAAGAAGCCCACCACUGCCACCACUAGCACUAGCUCUGCACCACCAAGGGGCUGCGCUGCGCACCAGUACAAGCUAUCUGCCACCAGUACAGUACAAGCUAGCUAGCUACGGGUGCGGGGUAGAUAAUGGCCCAACAGUUCAGAACAGAGUUUAUGCAGAUACCUAUCAUCACAAGAGUCUAUGUUACUGCCUCGAUUCUCACGACAUUGGCCGUGCAACUAAGUCUGGUGACCCCCAUCCAACUACUCUACCAUCCUCAGUUGGUGCUCAGAGGAGAGCUAUGGCGACUGGUGACUUGCUUCAUGUUCUUUGGGCCAGUUGGCAUAUCCCUUGUAUUCAACAUGCUCUUCCUAUAUCGAUUCUGUCGGAAACUUGAGGAGACCAGUUUUGCUGGCAACACUGCCGGCUUCAUCAUCAUGUUGCUCUUUGGUGCCUCUGUAACAGUGAUCAUAGGGACAGUCUUGGUGCGUAUGAUGUUCAUGGGAGAGGCCCUCACUACUAUGCUGGUCUAUGUGUGGUGUCGUAGGAACCCGUUUGUUCGCUACAGUUUCUUUGGCUUGUUUACAUUCCAAGCUCCUUAUUUACCGUGGUUACUGGUGCUGCUCUCAGUGCUGUUUGGAGGCUCAGUGGUGGUGGACCUUGUCGGCAUAGCAGUGGGUCAUGUCUACUACUUUCUAGAGGAUGUGUUUCCCAACAAACCAGGCGGAUUCAAGAUUCUUAAAACACCAGCUUUCUUACACAGACUGUGUGACGGCCCUCAAGGAGACCCGGACUUUGUUCCUCCACCAGAAGAACGACCUGGUGGAUUUGCAUGGGGAGAAGGAAGACAACAAUAGACACUGACAAUCAUUUCUUUACAUUCAUGCAUUGUUGAGUCUGUGUCUUAUGUGUUGGCAACACUGUAAAUAUUAUUUUAUUUUACGAUGUUAUUGCUUUAAG